UUAACAGCAACCCGCUUUUGUGUGUCGCUAGGUGGUCAGUCAUUUUAGCUUAGCUAAUAGCCAGCGUAGCACCGGUCUCUAGCGAAUGUUAAAUGAAUGUGAAAUUUCUUCCACCGGGUAUCUGAUUGCUGAAUGUUUGGCAAUAUCUCUAAAUAUUAACUAGCAGAGAUCUAUAGUGCUAAAAUUAUUCAAGUAGGUAUCAUGCCAACAUUUUUGCAAGUUAUUAUAGAUGGUAGAAGUAACAGGAAAUCAGUUUUUGGUGGCAUAGGGGUAGCUAGAGCUAUGAGUUUUCUAGAAUGUGUCUGCAGUGAAUUUUAAGUACACGAGACGCUAAGGUGAAGCCAGAGGUGCUCGGCAAAGACGGCAGCUCUGAUUCCCCUUGUAUGACCUUCCUACCGGCAUCAUGUUCACUUUCGGAACUAAUAUGGGUGACGUAAAUAAGGGCAAGAAGGUUUUUGUUCAGAAGUGCGCUCAGUGCCACACGGUCGAAAACGGCGGAAAGCAUAAAGUGGGUCCAAAUUUGUGGGGUCUGUUUGGUCGCAAGACAGGCCAGGCCGAGGGAUACUCCUACACAGACGCCAACAAGAGCAAAGGCAUUAUCUGGGGAGACGCGACUCUAAUGGAGUACUUGGAGAACCCCAAGAAGUACAUUCCAGGAACAAAGAUGAUCUUCGCUGGUAUUAAGAAGAAGGGCGAACGCGCAGACCUCGUCGCAUACUUGAAGUCAGCCACGUCAUAAAAAAAAAAAAACACGCGCGCGCGCGUUUCAGGGGACAGGAGGAAGAGAAAAAACUAUUUAAAAUUAAAUGUUUGUAGUUUGCAUUUGCUAUGUUAACGAUGUCUACUUCAGCACGAUGAAUACAGUAUAUCACCAAGUGGCCAGGACUAUUCAUUCUGGGUGUUCCUCAUAGCAUACCAUUUAUGCCUAUCCAUGAGGGCAGAAGUUUCACAUAUUGUCUGACGCUGAUAUUGCAGCAAGGUCUGUAUGCUUGUGUUGUGUCUGCAGGUCUAUUAUUUUUAACUCUAUGGAGGGGGUUAGUUAUUAAGAGUCCCCUGGUUUCACAGGAGCUGUUAAUGGUUUAAAUUAUUUUAAUGUACUGAGUUAAGAGGGUUCUGAAUCGAGUUUUGAGAGUGAUUGAUUGACUGAGGAAGCCUGUUGGUAGCUAUGGUGAUGUAUGUACCUGCAAGAUCAUUUUCUCAAUAAACAUGACUUAAAAAAUAAAA